ACAUUGGACUUGGCCAAAUUGCUAAAUGAUGAAAUACCUUUCAGUGGUAAGAAGUUGUGAAAUUAUGGAAAAUCAAUAUUUAAGUUACGACUGAAGUGUGAAAGAGAAAUUUUACGAGGUUACAUCUGAAAUUCUCCUUUUUAACUUUGUACUGAACUCCACUAAGGGUUUUGCUCUUCAGUCAGGACUCACGUUGGAUGGGACGUAAGUCACGAUCGGCACGUGUUUUUAUUGUUUUCAUUAAGUGUACCGCUGACCACAAAAUACUCAAGAUACGUUCCCUGAAUAAAAACUGAAGUCGGGCUUUUCUUUAGCUGCAACAAAUAAAUGCACGAAGAUUUAGUGCCCCAGUGAUUUGCAUCUUGUCGAGAUGACUCUUUUUAGAAGACUUGAGAGCUAUGUUUGAGAUUCGAGGGUGGAAACUCAGUGACUUGGCAUUCGUGAAAUGACAGAGUUUGACUUGGAAGAUGGGCCUUUAGGAAGCGAAGCAACCGGCGGAUUUUCCGACAAAUAUGAAGUUAAAGAGAAAUUGGGCGCAGGAAUUUCCAGUGUGGUACGAAAAUGUAUCCACAAGAUCACUGGAAAACCAUAUGCUGUGAAAAUAAUAGACAAGCUUAGUGAUGCAGGUGUGGACAUUGAAGCAACAACUCGGGAUGAGGUCAGCAUUCUGCUUGCUCUGCAAGGACAUGAAAAUAUAAUUGGCUUAGUUGAUGUCUUUGAGUCCCCAGUGUUUUUCUUCUUGGUGUUUGAAUUGGCUGUAAAGGGAGAACUGUUUGAUCAUCUCACGGACCAAGUUACUUUAUCUGAGAAGAAAACCAGACGUAUCAUGCAUGAGGUAUUUGGAGCUGUUAAGUUUAUGCAUGAUCAGGACAUUGUUCACAGAGAUUUAAAGCCUGAAAACAUUCUCCUUGAUGAAGACUACAGAAUAAAGAUAUCAGAUUUUGGCUUUGCAGUUAAGCUGAAAGAAGGGGAAAAGCUCAGAGAGCUGUGUGGUACACCUGGCUAUUUGUCACCUGAAGCACUGCAGUGCUCUAUGUUUGGGGAUGCUCCAGGCUAUUCAAAGGAAGUUGACAUGUGGGCAUGUGGAGUGAUCAUGUACACUUUGCUUGUGGGCUGCCCUCCCUUCUGGCAUCGCCGACAAGUUACCAUGCUGCGGUCAAUAAUGGAGGGAAGAUACCAUUUUCAUAGUCCAGAAUGGGACGACAUUUCUGAGUCUGCCAAAAAUUUGAUUUCAAAGCUUCUAGUUGUUCAUCCUAAAGGAAGAUUAACUGCAGAGCAAGCUCUUGAACAUGCCUGGUUCCAAGGAGCUCAGCAGGCGAAAAAUGAUGGAUUUUCUGCAAGGUGGAAAUUCAAGGGAACCGUGAUUGCCCUUAUAGCGGUCAGAGAAUUCUACAAGUUUGCAAAGAAUAAACUUCAACCAGUGACAUUUGAUACGAUUCUUCGGGAGCCUUAUGGCGUGAAACCUUUGCGUAAAAUGAUCGAUGGAUGUGCGUUCAGGAUUUACGGACAUUGGGUUAAACGCAACAAGGACGAAAAUCAAAACAGGGCUGCGCUAUUUGAAAAUAAACCUCACAAAGAGAGAUACAAUGGCAAUGGAGAUAUGCCAAGGAAGAUCAGUAACCUUGACACGUAUAACGCGUCCUUUCGGAUGUCAUCUAUGGGGUUGAUUCAGUACAAAUCCGUUAGAAAACUGAAUCCGAGCAACUAAAGGAGAAGCUGCACAGAGAAGUUGUCGAUGUUUUGUCCUUCUGUGGCUGAAGUAGCUGUUUGGAAGAAAAAAUUGCUUCGUUCAGACUUGGCGUAACCAACGCCAAGCAGAUGCAAGCAAACACGGGCGUUUUCUUUUGCAACAGCCUGGGUUCCUUACUUUAAAGAUGUAAAUUUUCACGGGGUACUUCGUAAAGAGUUUUAUUUCAGGUUGGUUAACAGACUCACGAAUUAUAGUGACCCUUGUGAAAUAUCUCAGACAAUGGUAAAAGAAUGAGACCGCUCGACUUUGUCAUAGCUUACCACGAAAAUGGAAAUGAUGUCAACUAAGGAAAACAGAGAGCAGAAAUUUUGAUUCGCGCAAUAUUUGAUGGGGGCAUGAAAGUAAGUUACUAGGCGAUGUCUAGUCACUGGAAGCCCUCGCCCCUACUCUUGAAGCCAACUCCCGCGUAACAAACAGUAUUUUUCAGUAUAAGAAUAUAUACCGCAUGGAGCUUUGUUUCAACGGAGUAUUGUUGCAAAUUUCUGCAUUUUCGAGUGCUUAUGGCCAAGUGUUUCUCUGACCUCACUUCGCUGCAUUGUAGCAUUUAAGUUUUUCAGAACUUCUUCCCACUGGACAGCCUUGUCUUGAUCUCAAUCUACUCCUAUUUAAAUUUUUUCUUAUCUGAGGAUAAAAGGCUGAGGGUUUGUAUAUUAGCUAAGUAGUAUGGAUCUAGAACGUAACACAGAUGAUAGUGACCUUGAUGAAGGGAAUGUUGGUUAACAGAAAAUUCCACGGCACGUUUAUUUACAAGUAUUUAUUUUCGUUCUUGAGAGUGUCGAGAGUGACCUCAAAGAGGCAUUUAUUUACUUAGUUCUUUCGUUGUAAUUCAAGAUGAAUAAAAAAUGAAGACUAACUGA